AUGGAAGGUGGCUUGGAAGGUACUAUCUUUGACGAUAGCCUUGGCAAUAGCCCUGACCAUGUUCUUGAUCGUAACCAUGCUCAUAGCCUAGCUUAUAGCCUUGGCUAUUGCCUUCACCAUAGUCCUUAUCCUAGUCAUGGCCAUAAGCCUAGUCAUCGCCUUGAUCAAAGCCUUUUCUAUAGUCUUGAUCAUAGCCUAAUCAUUCGCCAUAGCUCUAACCAUAGCCCUGACCCGAUCCCUGAUCAUAGCCUUGGCCAUAGCCCUGAUCGUAACCAUGGCCAUAGCCUCGCUCAUAGGCUUAGUCAUAGCCCUCAACAUAGCCCUGACGAUAGACUUGAUCCUAUCUAUGAUUAUUGGUUAUAACAUUGCUCUGAUCAUACUCUAGUUAUAGCCUUGAUCAUAGCUCUGAUCUUACUUGUAAUCAUAAACAAAACUUGGAUCAUAAGCUUAGCUCUGGUCUAGCUCUGGCCAUAGUUCUGGCCAUAGCUUUGAUCACAGCCUUGCUCAUAACCUUUAUUAUAGUCCUAACCGUAGCCCUGAUCAUAACCGUGAUCACAGCCUCAGUAAUUUAAAAUUAUGCAUUUUUCAGCGACUGCCGGAUGUAAAGGAGAAGACCUGGACGUGAUGGCUUUUAUCAUAUUCGUCCUUCUAAUCGUCUAUUCCGCUGUCAUUCUGCUGGCCGUUCUAAUCUACGCUGUCAUGUUCCGUCAUCACUUCAUUUGGCUAUGUCGCGACACCGCUGUCAAGUCCAAAAAGGGCAAGAAGUCGGACACCACCGCCGCCGACUCCCAAAUGUCUGUCACUAAAACCGCCACUUGA